GGGGGCAAUAGGGCAGCCAAGGCUAUUGGUUCCUGUUGUCUUGGUCAUGAUAUAUAACCGUUGGAAUGGGAUCCUAGUUCAAGAUUACGGAUUUAUGCACUUAGAACUAAUUCCAAUGUUAGUGGGAUUUUUCACAUACAAGAUUGCGACUUUCAUUCAAGCCAUAGAGGAUGCACUUCCUGUAUCUGUUGAAAAGACGACUUCAAGAUGAAUUUUCAUAUGUAGAGAUUAGCAGUUAUGACAUAUACAUCAUGGUAUUUUUGUCUGGAGGCAAAUAUUUAAAGAAUCCUACUGGGCAGAUUCUCAUUAAACAGAAAAUUAUCGGUGGCAAGUAAUAGGUAGGAAGUGCCACUGUGUUAUAUGCUGGUAUAGAAAAUGAAGUCCAAAAUGAAAUACAUGGAUUAGUUAUAUCUGUAUAUGGGCUGGAGAACUGUAAUUACAAAUGAAACUCAACAUGAAACUGUAAUCUUCUUGCAAGUCUCUGUAUUCUUCAGAAAUCCAGUGCUUAUAAUUUAGUUAACUUAAAUUUAUUUUCCAACA